UUUUAACACAUUAAUUCUUAUCUACCUUUCCAGUAGGAAACCCACACCAUAAUAACAUAUAUAUAUAUAUAUAUAUAUAUUAUAAAUGUAUAUUAUAUAAUAUAAUAUAUAUCUAUAUUUGUGAUACGCCAACAGUGAAAAUGUUGUUUGCAUUCGCGUUAACAUCGGCAUUGGCCAUGUCUGCGGUACUCGGCCGUUCGUCCGGCCCGAUACCAACACAGCUGACGUUCGUAAGAGAAGAACGAAUCCAAGGCCAUUCGGACGAAACGGCGCAGAUCGUGGACGUCGACGGCCGAUCGUCAAACCUAAAAUACGUGAUGGCGAUCCAGAGCUCGAGCAUUUGGACGGACAUCAAGAAACGGUCGUUGACGAUAAAAACGGGACAGCGUUUGGACGACGAGCUCAUUGAAAAAUCGCCGGUUGACCUUUCCGACGAAGAACUGGCGCGACUGAAGUUAGCGUGCCAUGACGGGCUCAAGUGCGUGGCCGUCGACCAGCUUUUGGUGCUCAAACAGGUGAGGGAACCACAGGCCGACGGAAAAUUGUCGGUACGCACGGUCAUCACCAAGAUCACCCAGGUAAUAAGCCGGUACACAAAAGAGUACCACAAAGACGUUUACCAGUACGAGGCGGUCACGCAAUCCGACGAUCCGUCCAAAGUGUACGAGUCUGUGACCAACAUAGUGGAGGACAACAAGGAACUGUGUCAGAUCGACUACGACGCGUCCGCCAUCGUGGACGAUAAAAGCCUGCCGAAAAACGUCGAUGGCGAAGCCGUUGGCGGGGCGGUCGUCAAUAACAACACUUCCGGAAACUAUAACACGAUCAAAAACCUAAGUGUCGAUGACGGUACCGUCAACAGUGCGACCAUCGAAAAAGAGCCUUCCGACACAAUCACCAUCUACGAAUCGUCACCUGAAUCCAAAAUUCGUCGUACUGACGACCACCCGGACUACCCCGAUAUGGUAAUCGUCAUCGCCCCGAUAGGCAAAACCGCCGACAAUGACGGAAAUACCAAAAAUCGGUCUCCAGACCACCUGUCCGAAAGUACCGGUACGCCCUCCAUCGUUACCGACGGCCCGAACGGGAACGAAGUCAAAGCUCCCGAAAACGGUGCUCGACAAGGACGCGCUCGCGGACAAUACCGCGCACGAGACCUCAACGGUACAUCCGACCGAUCAUAUGAGCCAGUUUCGACGUCCGGCGGAAGCGGUUCCGGGACGCCAAAAGCAGACGGCAGCCGAAAGACUCGUUGGCCACGUCCAGAAGUCCUCAACCGCUUGGGUAAAGACGACCAGAACCGUCGUGCAGACGUCGUGCAAAACAAUAAUGCGAUCGUGAAAAACGAAAAUGCCGGGGCCGGCGGCGAAACGGAUUCCGACUCGGACGUCGUGACCGCAGGUUCGCACGACCACGCGAACGUGUGGAAAGGUUUCGUGGGGAACGGUACGUUCAACAACGGUAACAUGGAGGAGGACGACAUCAACAACGGGACGAUCAACGAAGGCAGGAUCGAAAGAAGCAGCGCGGAUAAAGGUAUCAUAAACGUGGGCACGGUCAACAACGGGUCGGUCAACUACGGUACGUCCGACGAUCUGACCAACAACGGAAAUGCGGCGACGUUGAACAAUAGCGACGUCGAAAAAUACUUGUCUUCCGUCGAAAAGAUGUACUCGACGAUCCUGGAACGGCUCGGCUGAUUAAUCGUCGUCACAUUAUACCUACUCUCGAUAUCGUUAUGGUAUUAUAACGUCGAGGCGGCGUUUUCGUAUAAUUUAACGUUUUAAAACGCACGAUUUUCAUUUUUUUAUAAUAUUUAUAACACUCCUAACCUAACGCGCCACGUCGUUAUGAUAUUUCGUGAGAUGGUAUAGUAAUAAGUUAUUAUCACCAUACUAUUAUUACGUUGUCAUUUUCAUCGUAUUAUUUAUUUUACGUAAUUUAUAUUAAUUUAUUCGUGAUUAAUGUUUAGUUUUGAGUAAUAUAUACUAUUAAUAAUAUAAUCAAUCUAUUUUAUUUUAUCAAUCGACAAUCACAUAUUAUAUUUGUUUGGUACCUAUAGUUGUUAUAAUAAUAAUUAUUCAUUGAAGUGAUAUUGCUGUACACGUUUAUCGACACAAUAUUAUAGAAAACACGUUAUGAUUAUUCCAUACCGAAGUUUUUAUUAUCCGCGUCAUUUGAACGAUGUAAGCAUGGACGAUGUUGUUUGAAAUAAAAUGUACGACUUAAUUUUAAA